CUCACCUUAGGCACGGUCACACACUUGCAAACACCCACACACAUAUUCUCAAAUGGUUACUAAGAUGACUAAUAACAUUGUUGCACAACAUGGAGCUCGUUCAGAAUUAAUGGGAUAUCCAUGACCUUUAGAAUUUGAACUUAACUUUGUUUGUGAAAACUGUGACCGCAGCAUGAAACUCCCAAUUAGAUGGGAUGAUGAGGAGUAUAAACUUCGAAAAUCAGAAAAGUGCUCAUGUGGAAAGUUGAUUAAGAUCAAGGAGGUUCUGGUUGUCUCGGAUGAGGAUUUUGUGAAGGAUUAUGUGAAGCAUUCUGAGGAGGACGAAGAGAAUAACAUGAUGAUUGACGUAUGCACAACUAUCAAAGUGGUUGGAGACUUCAAUCUGAAAUAUGACUUGUUCAUGGGAUCUGAAAACGUGUGGAAGGCACGUUUGGGGGAUAACACUGAAGAGUUCACGACCAACUGUAACGGGGACUGGGUGGAGAAGAAGAAAAAGAAAGAGGAAGAGGAAGAGGAAGAGGAAGAUGAAGAGGAAGAUGAGGAAGAGGAAGAGUAAGAGGAAGACUUAGCUUGUGUGUUCGGUUUGCAGUUGUACAUCACGGAGGUGUUCGCGUAAUGUGCUGCAUUAUCUAGUCAUUUGCUUAGUCAAUAAAUGCUUAGAAGUA